CAUGUGACAAUAUUCAAUAUUCAUGGAUUUUCUUUUUAGGUUUAUUUAAUAAAUUUUACAUAUAGAUAUAUGCUAAUUUUAAACCCAAUCAAUAAAUGUACGAAAAACUGAUAAACUCUUACAUCAAAUGACAUGUAUAAAUUGUUGCGUAACCUCUGUUGUUUUGUUUUGAUACUGCUCGAAAAUCGAGUGUGAAAACUUGUUGAACGCUGACGUACCAACAUGACUUAUAUCUUGAAACGUGCGAUAACGUCAAUAAAAAGUCAGUUUCCUUUAAAGAAUUACAUCAAUAAAUCAUCAGCAUUUGAAGUAAAUAGACACUUUUCCGUCGGAACAAGAAAAAACAUGAAACUCGUGCAAUUUAGUUACAAAGAUUGCCCCUGUGACAUUCAUGUCGGAUAUUUAAUAGGUGAUAAUCUGGUUGAAGUUAAUAAAGCCGAUCCAACGUUACCGUAUACGCUGCUAGAUAUUUUAAAAACCGACUCUCUACAUAAAGUGCGAAAGAUAGUAUGUACGAAUCCAGAUCCGAUACCUUUGAAUUCAGUGAACUUAGUAGCGCCCAUACAUGGUAUGGACAAAGUGCUCUGCGUCGGUCUAAACUACAAGGACCAUUGCGAGGAACAGAAUUUAAAACCACCUGAAGUACCGAUUAUUUUUAGUAAAUUCUCGAGUACUGUUAUUGGACCAGGAGCUGCUGUUCGUCUUCGUGAGUCUACUAAGCAGGUGGAUUGGGAAGUAGAACUAGCGGUGGUUAUAGGGAGGACAGCGACGAAUGUGAAAGCAUGUGUAGCUUACGACUACGUACUGGGUUACACGGUCGCACAGGACAUCAGCGCUAGGGAUUGGCAGAAAUCAAAGAACGGUGGACAGUUUUUAUUGGGCAAGUCUAUGGACACAUUCUGUCCUAUCGGGCCCUGCAUCACGACGCAGGGCUCCAUCGGGGACCCUGAGAACCUCACCAUUCAGUGCAGCGUCAACGGAGAGCAGAAGCAGUGCAGCAACACCGACCAGCUGAUACACAAAAUACCUGAUAUCAUAGAAAGACUUACAAGUGUAAUGACACUCCUUCCCGGGGACAUUAUACUGACAGGCACACCCGGGGGUGUAGGUAUGUAUCGCGAUCCCCCGGAGUACCUCAAGCCAGGUGACGUCAUCUGCAGCGAGAUUGAAAACAUCGGCGUUCUAGUCACCAAAGUUGAAAGGUUCUAACAUGUGUAGAACUGCGCUAAUGUCGAUAUUCAUACAUACAGAUGGGCCAAAAGCAUACAACAAUUUUAACUGAACAAACGAAUAAAACUGCUUAUGUAGGCUAUAACUGUACAGUUUAAUUGAUGGUAUACUUUUAUCCUAUGCAGUUUUAACUGGAUCGUUCGAAUUCGUUAAAGCUGUCGCAACGUUUGUAGGGAGCUUUUUUAUUUGUACAUCGAUUUUAUCUUUAUAGUGAACUCUCUUGCUUAAAAACAUCGAUGAAAAUGAAUCGAUACAGACAUCGGACAUGUUUGCAGUACAAUGCAGUUUGCAAAAAUCUAUGUUUUUUAUUCGUUUUUUUUGUACACGUAAAAA